CUGGGGUGGAGUCACCCACUACCAAAACCAGGAUUUGAAUGGAAACCCCAAUGGCACCGUAGAACUCCCCCUAAAUGUGGCGCUUAGCGCCCAAACUCAUUGCCCCAGCAUCAACAAACCGUGAACUCUGUCUAGCUAGCAUGGGAAAACAUCUUGACCGCAGCACGAAGGACAUCUUGGUGUCAUUAUCUUCAAGGAUGACCCAACAAGAGAUUGCUGAGGCCUCGGGAGUGUCCGAACGCACUGUUCGGAAGUUGCUCACUGCUCCAUAUGCACACCAUCAGGAUCGAGUUGAAACAAGAGGGCGACAUCGAGCGCUUAGUAUCCAUGCAGUGAAUGUAAGUACAAAAAUCGCGUCUAAAUAGAACUUGUGGUGUAUGAUCUCAAGUUCCUUGACAGCCUCAUCGAACAAAAGCCGGAUUUGUACCUUGACGAAUUACAGGCUGGGCUUAGAAAUGAGCUUGGGAUUGAAACAAGCACUUGGACGGUUUCCAGAGCGCUACAUAGGC